CUUUUGUUAAUGGUUGGUCUGCUUGAUUCAAACAACCUCAAACCUCAAGUAGAAGGAUAAAAAAUUAUUUCAGAGAGCCUUGAUGCCAUGCUGCUAUAGUGCCUCAUAUUGUGUAAGACGGGAAUGUUCUGCCGAGAGGUUGUAACUUGCGACAUACUAUGACAAGUAAAUGGACGACUAUCAAGAGAGCUCCGUAGAUGAACGCUAUGUGUGUCCCAUCACAGGCCUCAAGCAAUGGGAGCUUGAAAUACUCCGUACUAGCUGGCUUCAAAUAGUGGGGGUUCGUAAUGCCAGGAUCGUGGAGACAGCCACUAGUUUAGUCCUUUGGAUGUUCCACAACAUACCCAACAUACAACAACGAAUGGCCCUAGUGGUAACCAACAGAGACAACCGGUCGAUGCUGUAUUGUGAUGGCGUGUUCCUGUUCCACGCGCUCGCUGUGAUCCAGAGCCUACAUCGCAUCGUACACGUGUCUCAUAACCCUGAGGUUCUAGAGAAGGAACUCAGGAGAAUCAUCGCCAUACACGUCAACUGCAACCCCACAGUGGGCAUAGAAUACUUCUCGCACUUCCGCCGAAAGUUCCACGUCCUGCUGCUGGAGAGACUGAAGACGACUAUUGACGACGAGAGGAUCCGGGUGUGGAACGUGCUACUCAACAAGCUGUGCUACCUGCUGUACGAGGAAGAGUUCAACCUCAACGAGAGUAAGGCCAGAGGGCGCUGUUGUUCCAUCCUCUGAGACGUGACGUCAGCCACAUACCGACACCAACCAUCCGUACACCACCGUGGAUAACACCAUCCGUACACCAAUUAGGUGGACAACACCAGCCGUUGCAACAUUGCAUGUACACAAUCACCUCUGUACACAUGUGACCAAAAAACUGAAUGAAAAAAUUAUGACAGAUUGUGUCAUAAUGACAGUCUAUCUGCUCAGAUACAAUGCUCAGAUACAAUGCUCAGAUACAAUGCUCAGAUACAAUGCUCAGAUACAAUGCGUGUGUUUUUUUUAUUGAUGUAUUUGAACUUUCGUUUUUAUUAGUUCACUAUUAGACAUGUAUUGCCACUAUUUAGGACAUGUAUUUCUACCACCUAGGACAUGUAUAAUGACUCUCUAGGACAUGUAUUACGACUCUCUAGGACAUGUAUUAUGACUCUCUAGGACAUGUAUUACGACUCUCUAGGACAUGUAUUAUAACUGUCUGACUUCGUCUACAAUUUGUCAAAAACUAAUUGGUAAAGUCUGACACUGAGGUUUCUAUGAAUCCAAUCAAUUCAGUCUAGAUCAUUUAAAUGCUAAACCCAAAAACGCAAUCAAUUUUUUGCAAAUAAAAUACUGCUUAAUCCUCUAACCAAAAAAAAUAAUGUAUCACUUAAUACAAACGACCAAUGUCAAGAAUGAAAGAUUUUAAAACUUGGUAGU